AGAUUUUAAGAGUGAAGUAUCUGUGUCGGGAGGGAUAGAUUGGGGCAAGCGCAAACCAGGGAAUUCAGAUUUUCCCCGAGAAUUUGAGAUUGGUUUUUGUUGAGAGGCGAGUAUGAACAGCAGUAGCAGCAACCUCAGCAACAACAGCAACAACAAAAACAAUUUUCUUCUCCUACUAUUUUAUUGUAAUAUUGAAUGGCUUUUGCACUUCACUUGAAUAGCAGUCGGGUAGACACAACCGGACGGUAUCAGUCGUGUCAAUUGGUUUUCAGUUCGUUUCGAACGUGAGAACGGUUUAGACGUGUUCGGUUAAUAUUGUCGCCGCCACCAUAUACCGUAAUAAUAACUCUUAAUAAGUACAUAUAUAACAAACAUAAUUUUUUUCUAAGAAAGGCAAUAUAUUAUAACAUAUAGAGAGCGAGAGCAAAAAAAAUUUGGCACGGGAUUUUUAAUAAAAAGGAAUUCAAUUAAGGCGACUUCUAUUGAAUAUUUAACAGUUUUUUUUUUGAAGGAGAUUCACCCAAGUUGGAUUAUUAAUUGAUGAUAAAUUAAAUGUAUAAAUUCAGUGGGAUGUAUGAAGUUCUAUGAAAAAAAUACAAGUUAUGCUAUUAAAAAUCUAAGCAAACACUGUCUAUUCAUUUUGGAUCAGAACAACCCCCCAAAGUAUCAUCUGAGGUUUUUUUUGAAAAUUUUGGUGUGACAAUUACAAAUGUAUCACAGCUGAUCAUCUUGUGUGGAUUAUCGCUUAACACGUACGUGUCAACAACUACAUUACCACUAUUCGGCGACUAUUUGAUCUGUACACUCGCCACAGCUUCCUCAAGGAUUACACACGUUUUUUGUUGUGGAUUACUCAGACGUGGUGUUGUACGCUUUGUGUGCUUUGACCCUGAUAAAUCAAUUCGGUUUCGCCACACACACCCCCCUAGUCGGCAAUGACCAUAUAAUCACCAAUUAUUAGGGAGUUAAUUACUGUGGAAUUCGCAUACUAGGGACAUGUAUCCAGAGUGAUUCUAAGUGGUUUUAUAUGAUUGUGAAAUGUACGUUUAAGAAAAGAGGACACAGUCGAUUUGUCCUGGAUUUUUAUAUAGAACAAAGCAAUUAGUGAGAAGAAACGAUAAAAGCAUAACCGGAAGAAGAUAGUGUCAUUAGUGCUAUUCCUGAUUAUAAACGGUUGCCUACCUGGUGACCGACUGCAUACCUAUUCCUGAACUCAUGUGUAGGGUAAUCCCCUUUGGAUUAUUGCAAGCGUGGAAAGAGUGCAAUUACUGUGAUUUUGCAAGCAUCAGUGAGUAACCAAGCAAAUGUAAGUGGUGUGGGAAUUACACUAAUCUGAAUGACCUUAACCACCCCCAAAAAUUCCCGUGUGUUGAUGAAUAAAAUAGGACAAAACACCGGAAAGUGAGUGUUGUGCUGAGGUACAAGGACACUGGAAAGGACUUUCGAUAUCAAGAGACUCAAGAACAUAUUGUGUGUACUUAAGUGUGACAUACUCAACAGGAUACAAAUAGCAUAUCCAUAAAAGGACACAAAAAUCAAGUGUGCAAAUUCGUGUGGGUGUUUGUGCUGGGGAGUUGGGGAUAUAUUCAAAAAAGGAGUAAUUAAUUAAUCGCUCCCUACAAUUAUGACACUGCCAACAACCAGUCCGUUGAAUGGUAACGAUGAUGAUUCCGAUAUGUUUGGACCACCACGUUCAUCUCCGGUUGCCUAUCAUCAUCAACGUUCGCGCGUACCAAUGAUUUCGCCAAAGCUACGACAACGUGAAGAACGUAAACGUAUUUUACAGCUAUGUGCACAUAAAUUGGAACGUAUCAAAGAUUCCGAAGCAAAUUUACGACGUAGUGUUUGUAUAAAUAAUACAUAUUCACGGCUAACAGAUGAAGUACGUCGUGAGAAACAAAGUCGCUAUUUGGCAAAUUUACCAAAGUCCGAUACCAAACCAGAAACGGCACACGAUAACAUGUACAGCCCCUACAAUCACAACUAUGACGAUCAAAUGGAAUUGCGCAACGAAAGCUACCACAAAAUCAACCACCACAGCCCACAUCACCACAGCCUCCAGGAAUCAUUCAACAAUAACAACCUGCACAGCUCUAGCAACAAUAACAAUCAGAAAAACAAAUUAUCACCAAUGAGCCUGCCAACAACCCCAAGCACAUCCAGCCAAAAUUCAGCGACAAUGAUGUCAUCAUCGGUGGGUAGUGGACAUUGUGGCGGUGGGGGGGAUAGUGGUGGAAGUAGUGCGCAUUCAACGACAAAUUCAUCAAUAGAUAAUCGACAUCAAUGUAUUUACUCAUCACCUGCCUCAUUGACAUCAUGCUCGUUAUCAACAACGACUUCUUCCGCCUCCCUAACCUCAUCCUCGAUAGGAUCUACAACAUGCUCGUCGUCAACCCUCUCAACAACAUCCUCGUCAUCCACCUCAUCAAUCAGUUCAUCACUCAGCUCAUCGAGUGUUGACACAGACCUGGAAAUCCUCGACCGCGAAUUAAGUGCAAUCAACGCAUCCAUGCCUCUGAUUGAUCCUGAAAUCACGCAAGGUGCCGAACAAUUGGAAAAGGCUGUCUCGUCGAGGAAACGCUCCCGAACGGAGGAGGAGAACGAUCGACUUGUACGCGAGGCUCUAUCGCAAUUCUAUCUGCCUACCCAAAGGGUUAUCUCAGCAAUUGAUGACUUCCCUCCAGAUAUCAAACGCACAAAGCUCUGCAGUGGAGCCCUGGGCUCACUGGGUGGUACCUCCACAAUUGCAGAUCUUGAUUUGGAUCUCGGUUUAGACAUGUCCAGCCAUCACCACCACCAUCAUCACCAUCAAAACCAAAAGGAAUUCGAGGUGAUUAUGGAUGCCCUCAGGUUGAGUACAAGCAGUCCCACCCCUAGUGCCCAGGAUUCGUGCGGACAAGCGGCCAUGAUGAGUGAAUCUGGUGUUUUUCAUAAUUUAGUUGUUACAUCGUUGGAAACAUGAAAAUGUUUAGGUGAUUUUCAAUAUUAGAAUGUUGAAUAUAUAAUAGACACUAUUGCUAUUACGGUAAUUAUUAUUAUAAAAGGUUAAUUUAAUAAAUUUAUUGCAUAAAUGUGAAGCAAACUUAGGAUAACACAAGCAAAAAGAGUUUAAAACUUUCAAGAAAGAAAAAAAACACAAAAAAACUGCAAAUAUCUCUAAUUAAACUUAAAACCCCAAGCGUAAAUGUCCAUGAGUUGGAACGCAAAGUCCCACAAAACAAAAAAAAAA